AUGGUUGAAUGGCAAUAUACGCAGCAAACCUGUGAUGACGCUGCCCGUUGGGCCAAUAUCAACAUGGUAAUCUGCCUGGCAUAUGAAUAUCGAUCCUCGAAUAGCUCCAAGUCAGAGAAAGAGAAAGAGAAAUCCCAGUUGUACUUCAGGAACGCCAUGUCGGUCUUCACGGAAUUAGCCUUAAAACGCACCGAUUUACUGAGUGUACAGGCUUUGAUUAGCAUGGCCUUCUUCCUUCGGGGAAAUUCUGGAACUCAAUCAGCUCUGCCACUCAUCACUGCGGCUAUGCGAUCCAGUCACCGAAUGGGGCUUCAUCGAGAUAUUGCAAGACCAGAACUUAGCCCGGCUGAGCAAGAGGAGAGACGCCGCGUUUUUUGGGUUGCAUUUGUCAUUGAUCAAAGCACAUGCCUAAGAAUUGGAAACGCCCCAGCACAACAUCAAGAUGAUUUUGAUGUCCCUCUUCCAGAGGAACUGGAUGACGACAAGCAUGGUGAAACCGCAAGCAACAUCCCAUUCUUCCGCGAGCUCUGUCAGAUGUCGCUCAUCAAGAGCCACAUCUACAGCCGAUUGUACUCCGUUAAGGCAUUAGAAAAACCUCCCGUUGAAAUCUACAAGAAUGUUAAAGAACUACAUGCAGAGCUUGAAGAGUGGAAACGCGGAUCCCCAACUCUUAAUGAACCGCAAUUGAAAUAUAGUGAACGGGACUUCCUGUUUGGCUUUGCCGCUAUUGGUCUCCAUUUUGUCUACCACAAUGCUUUGAUCAUGAUACACCGGGUACCCAUCUUUCUUAACUACAUGAUAGCAGCCAGAAAGGAACCAGAGAAAGUCCAGUUAAUCAGCAAGGCACAUGCCUCAAGAUCAGCAGCCAUUGGUGCACAGGCCGCUCGAGAUACUUUGAAGGUCGUCAAUAACAUGCCAUGGGGAGAUAUCGCAUGGACCUGGUCACUACUAUACUACGUCUUCCUGGCAGCAUCAACAUUAUUCUCACAUAUCCUGCGGGAUACUCGCGAUCCCAGAGUGCGAGCAGACCUUCAAUCCCUCGGCAUGGUUUCAGCAUUCUUUGCAACUCUUGCCCCAGGUGAAGGGUCAAAUAAUUACGCUAGUUUCAUGGCCCGGAUGAGCGCAACCCUCGAACGCAUUGCCAGAGUCGCCAUCGAGAAAGACGAGAAAAGAGCCCGCGCCCCAGACGAAGAAGACCAAGAAUAUAAAGCACCAGGAGCCAAGAGGCACACCUCUCGGACACAAUCAGCACCACAGCACCAAAAAAAGCACCGCCGACCCACAACCCUCCGCAAAAUUAUGACCCCCGCCACAGCUCCCGGGUAUUCAACAUCAAGCACUACCACCCCUAACAGGAUGGGCAUCAGUAUCCCUGAUACCCUAGAGGGUCUUCCGCCAGUCAAUUCUUCAGGCUACGUUGUCCCCGUGAGCCCAUUGCCAGACCCGGGCAAUAGCAGCCAAAUCCAAAUCCCAUAUCUCGCCAGUCCCUACUCGCCUUCAACCACAUUCCUCCACGAAGCAGGCGACAACGGCUUUUGCGCACCGCAAAUCCCAUCUUGGCAACUAUCUCAUGACUUUUCUUCCACGACUGCAACCCAAGCCCAAGCCCCAGGGUCAUCAGGCAUGACCCCUAACCCCAUCAACACCAUCAACUCCCCAGACUCCUUCACCAGCACCGCCAACUCAAUCCCCGAUUUCUUCCAGUACCCAAUGUCCGGCGACUGGAGCCACGGCGGAAAUCUCUUCGGCGGACUCUUUCCCACGGAAUACACCUUUCCACCUCUCAAUCCAACGGAAACUCAGUCUGCCGAUGCAUAUUCUUCCAUGCCGAUCCUGUCAGCUGGGUCGUUUAUUGAUGGUGCGCCUGCUAUUGGCGGCCAGACGGCUCAGACUGGUGGGUUCGAUCCUCAGAAUCCGGGCUAUGGUUAUGCGCCGCAGGGCCAGGAAGAUCCGAAUCAGGCCGCUGAUCCGGUCUGGCCAAAUGGCUUUUUGGGGUUGUUUUAG